UGAUAAGCUACAGCAUCCCAAAAAUUUAAUUUAAAAAUAAAAAAAAUUAGUCUAACUUUGGGAUUGGAAGUGGAAAGUGGAGGUACUAUGUGGCGGGUUUUUCUGAUUCUGUCCGGGGCUCUGGGGGCCUUUCCCACAGAUAGUGACUUGAGUCUGGCUGAGGGCCAGCCCUGUCCCCAAAUCCUAAACUAUCCGCAGAGUGUGUGUAAAAGGAGGUGUCCUCAGAUGAGGCAGUUCAUCGAUGAAAAGUAUGUGGAUCAUGAGAUACCCUGCAAUUUUGAUAGCAUCUGUUGUCCCACCCACUCCCUCCAAUCGGGAGCGACAUCUCCCAGUGCUGGGACAUCUCCAGUUCCACUCUAUCCCAAUGUCAAGUCGAAACCAGGACAGUUGGAAGUCUUGUAUAAUUUCAGUUUCCCGCCAUUGGCCGAGUUGAGUUACUUGUCCCUAGAUCAGGAUGAACACCUGUACAGGUGUACUGCUCUAUUGGUCCGGGAGGACUAUGUUCUGACCUCGGCUGGGUGUGUGGGUAAAGAUAUCUCCGAGAAGCCCAAUGGUGUCUGCUUCGGAAACUGCCACAGACUUGACAGGCAAGCGAGGGAAAAGAUUCUGUUCGAAAUCAUUGAUGUCACCAAGUUCAGAUACAAUAACGACCUGGCCCUCAUCCGGUUCGAGAACACUUUCAAUUCCUCCGAGUUUCCAACAAUCUGCCAGCAGAGCGACUUGGAGCAAGCCCAUCGACUGAUAGCCGUUGGUUUUUCACAAAAAGAAGAAAAUUGCGAUCUUUUCCAGCAGAAUAUUGAGAUAAUGCCAUUCGAUUUUUGUAAAAAUUUGGAAAAUAAUUUCAAGGUCGAGGGGAUUGAAGGCGAAGUCACGCACUUUUGUGCCAGACCUAUUAAGAUGACGCGGAAUGUACCGGGCGAUUGUGUCCGCUGCUUACGCGGCAGUUCCAGUGUCCUGUUUGCCGUCCAACCGGAUAACGGUUACUGUGCUGUGGGCAUCGCCACGCCCACAAUCAGCGCCUGCUACUACACCACGGCGGCACUCUACUACACCAGUUUGUUGAACCCGAACGUGACGAAAUUUAUUAAUCAGUAAUGGAGGACUAUUUUAAACAUAUAUAUAUAUUUUUUUUAAAUCAAUUUUAAUUAAAUACAUUUUAAUAAUUAAUAAUUUUAAUAUGUUUUUAUUUGCUUGGUAUAAAGAAUUCUUGGACAAAGUUAUAUUAUUUUAUAUUUUAAUAAAUAUUCCCAUAAAAAAUUAAUAUUAAAUGAUGGAAAAAAAUUUAUUAUAAUUUUAAUUUUUAUCUGUUUAAUAGAUUUUCUUCUAAAGAAAUAUUA